AUGCACCCUCCUCAUCACCCUAAUCUCUUUGGAAACCAUCUAGUCUCGGGCACAAACACUCCAGAUCUCCAAUCAGACUCGCUCUCCCGCCCGACUACAAGUGCGGCACACAAUCCGCCUCAAAGCGAAGACCAGGCUGAGCUUAUCCCACUUCAGUCGUUCGGUCCUUCGCGCGCAUCCCAUCUAGACGAUACCCCUAGACCCUCCAAGCUCCAACAGCAGAUCCGAGCCCACAUCGAGCAUCACGGUACCAUGAAGUUCUCACACAGCUUGCAAUUCAACGCCGUCCCGGACUGGGCGGACAAGUACAUCGCUUACUCGAACCUCAAGAAGACCAUCUACUUGAUGGAAAAGGAGCUUCCUUCUGAGCCCAAUGCUCCUUACUCAGAUGUCGAGAACGAAUCUUCUGGUCUGUUGCAGAACACCGAUACCACCGACACCGACCGCACUUUCGUCCCUCUGCUCGAUAAGGAGCUCAACAAGAUUGUCGAGUUCUACCUCGAAAAGGACGCAGAGCUCAAAGGCGACCUGCAGCAGCUCAAGGACGACCUCGAAAGGACCGAGAACGAGGAUUUCGAGGACGACUCCGACUAUGGUAUCAGCGACGAUGAUGAUGACGACGACGCGUUGGACACGGUGCGAACAGGCAAGGCCAGCACCAACCGAACUCCCAGCAUUGACGAUGUCUUUACCCAUCCUAGCAAGUACAACGAAGCCUCGCGCCAGGAACAACGCAUGCGAGAAGGUUCGGGUCCUUCUCGUUCGCGCAAGGACAGCCGUGCUACCACCGACGACGGCCAUGCGCCCGUUCGACCCGCCAACAACAGGAACCGUUCGAGCCAGCUCCUCGACCAAUCUGCCGACUUUACAGAUGGCGGUGCGGAUACCGCUGGCUUUGCAAAGCGAGCACGCAGCGGCUCUAAUGCCAGCCAGAGCGGCUCCAAGGGUCGAUGGGGCAGUAUCUUCGGGAAGAAGCCUGUCCGCCGACGUUCGCUCGGUCUCAUGCUGGCCGGAGACGACACGGCCAACGGCCACGACCGAGCCGCCCCGGGUUCCAGCGAUGCAGGCGAUAGCAGCUUCGCCGGCGGCGAUACCAAGGCCAUGUCCAUCUGGACCGCCGACAAUGACUACGCCAUCGACAUGCGCAUUACCUUCAAGAAGCGCAUCACCGACUUAUUCGUCGCCAUGUCCGAACUCAAGCAAUUCGUUCAGCUCAACGAGACAGGCAUGCGCAAGAUCCUCAAGAAGUAUGACAAGAUCACCAAAUCCGACCUCAAGGAUCGCUACAUGAACGACAGCUUGCGCACGCAGCAGCCUUUCACCUCUGACACUAAACGCAGUCUGGAAGAGUGUAUCGAGACGCUCAUCCAGCUCUACGCCAAAGUAGUCACCGGGGGCGAUAUCAGUGCGGCUAGCCAGCAGCUCAAAACUCAUCUGCGCGAGCAGGUGGUUUGGCAGAGGAAUACUGUCUGGAGGGAGAUGAUCGGCAUCGAGAGGAGGGCGCAGGGUGCGGCGCUCGAGAGGACCGUGAUGGGUUCGGGCAAGAGGGACAAUUUCGAGGCGAAGAAACCGUUUAGGUUGCGGACGCCGUGUGGCAGCUUGACAAUUCCCAGCUGGCUGAGCAUGAGCUCGCUGCAUCUCAUCAUCGCUUUUACCGCGUUGGUGGCGCUACUCAAGGCUCCCGGUCUGCGCUUCUUUAACCGCGUCGAGGAGCAAAACUGCCUGGCCAUGCUCGUGUUCUGCACCAUUCUCUGGGCGACGGAAGUGAUCCCGCUCUUUGUCACCUCGUUGAUGGUGCCUCUACUUGUCGUUACGCUGCGUGUUGCGCGUACCGACGAUGUCAAGGAUCGCCGCAUGACGGCGCCCGAAACGACAAAGUGGAUCUUUUCGCAAAUGUUUGCUCCCAACAUGUGCCUGCUGUUGGGUGGAUUCACUUUGGCUGCAGCACUUUCGAAAUACGGUAUCGACAAAAUCCUCGCGACCAAGAUCUUGCGUUUGGCGGGUACGCGGCCGAGCGUGGUGCUGCUGGCGCACAUGGGUGUCGCCUGCUUUGCGUCCAUGUGGAUCAGCAACGUGGCUGCGCCCGUGCUCAUGUACUCGCUGAUCCAGCCCAUCCUGCGUACGCUGCCGUCCAAGUCGCCGUACGCCUCGAGCUUGAUCAUGGGCAUUGCGCUUGCGUCCAACAUUGGCGGACAGACGUCGCCCAUUGCUUCGCCUCAAAACUUGAUCGCGCUGCAGUACAUGAAGCAGCCCGUCGGCUGGCUGCAGUGGUUUGCCGUCACCAUCCCUGUAUCCGGUCUGUCGCUCGUGGUGAUCUGGCUGAUCCUGCUGUGGUCGUACGGCGCGGGUAAAGGAACGGUGAUCAAGAAGCUCGGCGAGUCGAGGGAUUCGUUCACCAAGAUCCAGUGGUUCAUCUCGGCCGUGGCCAUCUCGACGAUUGCGCUGUGGUGUCUCGAGAAGAACUUCGAGUGGAUUGUGGGUGACAUGGGCAUCAUUGCGAUUGUGCCGAUGGUGCUGUUUUUCGGAACGGGGAUUCUGACAAAGGAGGACUUCAACACGUUCUUGUGGACGGUGGUGUUCCUUGCGAUGGGCGGGAUCGCGUUGGGCAAGGCGGUGACGAGUUCGGGGCUGCUCGAAUCGCUCGACGAUCUCAUCCAGGAGAUUGUCAAGGAGUUGCCGCUCUGGCAGAUUCUCAUCGCCCUGCUCUCGAUUGGGCUCGUUGUUGCUACGUUUAUCAGCCACACGAUCGCCGCGGUCCUGCUGGUGCCGAUCGCAGCGCAGGUCGGGGAGAGCCUGGAACACCCGCAUCCCAGGCUGCUCAUCAUGGCGACCACGUUGGUGGCGAGUGCGGCCAUGGGUCUACCAGUCUCGGGCUAUCCGAACCAGAUCGCUGUCUCGAUGGAGGACGAUCUUGGCGACCGAUAUGUUUCGACCAAGGACUUUUUGAAGGUCGGCAUCUUCGCGUCUGUUGUCGCGACGCUGAUCGUGGGUACAUUGGGGGUAUUGAUCAUGUACGCGCUCCAGUUUUGA